AUGCGCGUGCAGAGGUUAAGGUCGGAUGCGGGGAAGCAGCAGCAGCAGCAGCAGCAGCAGCAGCAACAGCAAAGGCUCCUGCAACACCGACAGCAGAUGCUACUAAUUCAAAUUAGAGACAAAAGCCGACUCCUGCAGCAGCUGCAGCAGCAGCAGCAGCAGCAGCAGCAGCAGGAGCUGCAGCAGCAACACGGGGCCCUGCAACGGGCUUUACUUGGGGCUUGCAGUUGA